AUGGCCGAAAACGUUCCUCCUCCUGCGCUGCCUCAGCAGUCUCCGGCCACGGCAGCCCCUCCAGGCUACGAACAACCACCUGCGAGCAAUGGCCACACUAGCGCCCCCAUGGGUCCUCCUGCUCUUCCACCCAUGGUAAUUCCUCAGAACAAUAACCCUCUUCCCACUGCUGUCGAUCCCGACUCUGCCUUGUCGCCUGGUGGCCAGAUCAGAAGAGCUGCACCUGAACCCAACAAGCGCGCUCUUUAUGUGGGUGGCUUGGAUCCUCGAGUCACCGAAGAUGUACUGAAACAGAUAUUCGAGACGACUGGCCACGUCGUCAGUGUCAAGAUUAUCCCAGACAAGAAUUUCAAUUCCAAGGGCUUCAACUAUGGUUUCAUCGAAUACGAUGAUCCCGGCGCCGCUGAUCGUGCUAUGAACACCCUCAACGGCCGCCGAGUUCAUCAGGCCGAGAUCAAGGUGAAUUGGGCAUACCAAUCCAACACCAUCAGCAAGGAAGAUACCUCCAACCACUUCCACAUUUUUGUUGGCGAUCUGAGCAACGAAGUUAAUGAUGAAGUUAUGUCGCAAGCCUUUUCUGCUUUUGGUUCUGUCUCUGAGGCUCGAGUCAUGUGGGAUAUGAAGACAGGUCGAUCACGUGGUUACGGAUUUGUCGCCUUCCGUGACCGCGCAGAGGCUGAAAAGGCCCUGGCUUCUAUGGAUGGCGAGUGGUUGGGCAGUCGUGCCAUUCGAUGCAACUGGGCAAACCAGAAAGGCCAACCUUCCAUCUCUCAACAACAAGCAAUGGCAGCCAUGGGCAUGACCCCUACCACACCAUUUGGCCAUCACCAUUUUCCUACCCAAGGAGUACAAUCUUACGAGAUGGUGGUUAACCAAACUCCCACCUGGCAGACCACUUGCUAUGUCGGCAACUUGACACCCUAUACCACUCAAGCCGAUCUGGUUCCACUAUUCCAGAAUUUUGGUUACGUUGUGGAAACUCGUUUCCAAUCGGAUCGCGGCUUUUCCUUCAUCAAGAUGGACACCCAUGAGAACGCUGCGAUGGCCAUUUGUCAGUUGUCGGGCUACAAUGUCAAUGGCCGUCCAUUGAAGUGCUCUUGGGGCAAGGACCGCCCACCGACUGGCCAAUUUGACACCUACUCCCCUCAGACAUCAAUCGGCUCAGCCACCACUCCAAGUGCCUACAAUCCGGCCUCGCCAUAUUUCCCGCAAUACGGUGGGCCAAACCCUAUCACGCCACAAGGCCCUAGUCCUGGUGGUCGCCCUAACUGGGAUGGGAACCACCUCGUCAGUCCCUAUGCCCAGAGCCCACAGUCGGCAUUUCCUCAAGUGCCACCUUCUGCUGGUGGAUAUGGACGAGGUCAAAAUGCCCCAGGUGGGCUGUACCAACCCCAACCAUCUUUUGGAAACAACUAUCCUGGUUAUCAGACAUAA